GGAACCUGAUACUCACAGAGAAGCCAAAACACGGACAGCAAAAGGCUGCGCUCCCAAAAAUGGCAGGAGUGUUUGAGGUGGAGGUUGAUGGUGUAGAACACGACCAUGGAGUGGGACAUCACCAUGAACCGAACCAGGUUGACCUCUCCAAACUUUCGCCAGAAGAGAAGUGGAGGGUGGAGCAUGCAAGAAUGCAUGCCAAACACAAGGGCCACGAGGCCAUGCAUGCAGAGAUGGUGCUCAUUCUGAUCGUCACCCUCGUCGUCGCGCAGCUAGUGCUUGUCCAAUGGAAACAGAGGCACUCAAAGUCAUACAACCUGGUGACGCUGUUCCAGAUGUGGGUGGUGCCGCUCUACUUCACCACCAAGCUCCACUGGUGGAGAUUUCUCACCACGUGGUUCAUAUUCUCAGUGGUCACGGCGUUCGUCUCGUUCCGUGCCACUCGCAAGCCUCUCAACUGUACCACGCCCAGGUUGGUCUAUAAGUGGUUCCUCCUGCUCUAUAAGAUCAGCUAUGGUACGGGAAUAGUCGGCUACACGGUCGUCAUGUUUACCCUGUUUGGUAUCAACUUGAUUUUCAGAAUAAAGCCAGAAGAUGCAAUGGACUUUGGCGUGUCACUGCUGUUCUACGGGCUGUACUACGGCGUUUUGGGGCGAGACUUUGCCGAAAUGUGUGCAGACUUCAUGGCUUCAACAGUUGGGUAUUACAGCGCAUCGGGGAUGCCAACCAAGCACCUCUCAGACAACAUCUGCGCGGUGUGUGGUCAGCAGAUCCUGGUAGACGUCAGCGAGGAGGGCAUCAUCGAGAACACGUACAGAUUGUCCUGCAACCAUGUAUUCCAUGAGUUCUGCAUAAGAGGCUGGUGCAUUGUGGGAAAGAAGCAGACUUGCCCGUACUGUAAAGAGAAGGUGGACCUGAAGAGGAUGUUCAGCAACCCCUGGGAGAGACCGCACGUAAUGUAUGGACAGCUUCUGGACUGGCUUCGGUACCUUGUCGCCUGGCAACCGGUUAUUAUAGGACUUGUCCAAGGAAUCAACUAUAUCCUUGGCCUUGAAUGAUUUUUAUUUUUAUGAUUUUUGGGUGGCAAGAUGGACACACAAGAUGGAAAAAGAGGAAAAUGCGCUGGCUUGCUGGACCUAGCAGCCGAACUAGAACUCAAAAACAAGAUUUUCAAUGUGUCUAGAUAUGUACCUUUUUGUAUGUAUCUAUAGGCACAACAUAUCCGUAUUUACAGUUUAUUUGAAUUUUACUAGUAACAUGAAUUUGGAUGUCUGUCUCAGAUUAUUAGAAAUAUUUUCUGAACACAUCGCACAUCAAAUAAACUUGAAUGGUUAUUGGUUGGUUGAUAUGCAGGAUCGCUUGUUUUAAAUGGAGAGGUGCUUUUCCCACACCGAAAGUAUGUCUUAAGUACUGUUAAUGCAUUGGGUUUCAACAAUAAAUACUAAAUGAUCUUACUGAUAA